AAUUUACCAGGUGGACGAUACCAACUGACCAGCCAUGGCGUUUGUUCCAGCUCAGGGAUACUAUACAUUGUACAAUCCAGAUAUCCCCUGCCGAAGUCCCAUUUAUGGCGGCCUACGCCCUGGGAUGGCCAUCUACAUUACUGGCAAGGUUUCCAAAAACUCAAACUUUUUUGCAGUUAAUAUGGGUUGUGGGCAGUAUGACGGCACAGAUAUUGCCUUACAUUUUAAUCCCUGCUUCAAAGGGAGGGACACAGUCGUCUUUAACACCUUCCAGUCCGGUUCCUGGGGGGGUGAGGAGAGAAAGAACAAAGGCAUCCCUUUCCGCAGAGGGAACCCUUUUGAGAUGGCCAUUUUGGUCCAGCCUGGAAGCUACCAGGUUAAUGUGAACGGAAUUCCAUUCUAUGAAUUCCGCCACAGGAUACCUAUGGAACGGGUACAAUGUGUACAUGUGGCUGGAGAUGUAAAGAUCCAAUCCAUCACCACUGUUGGAAGUGGGGCUCCUAUGGGUGGUCCUGCUUACCCACCAGGAGGGGCGAUGAUACAGCCAGCUUACCCAUCUAUGAACCUACCUGUAAUGGGAACACCCAUUUAUAACCCGCCAGUUCCUUAUUAUACAAACAUACCUGGAGGAGUGUCACCCAAAAGGACCUUUAUAGUGAAAGGAUUUAUACCCCAAGGAGGGCAGAGUUUCCACAUUAACUUUAAGUCUUCGAGAACGAAUGAUAUUGCCCUGCAUUUCAAUGUCCGCCUGAACGAAAACGCAGUGGUGAGGAACAGUUUACUGGGCGGAGGCUGGGGGAAUGAGGAAAGGAGCGCUCCAUUUAAUCCCUUCAAAGCCGGCCAGUAUUUUGAUAUUUCCAUCCGCACAGGCAAUGGACGCUACAAGAUAUUUGUGAAUGGACAGCAGUUCUGUGAAUACGCCCACCGCUUCCCCAACGUGCAGAUGAUCGAUACCCUAGAAGUUGGAGGAAAUAUCGUCUUGUCACUUGUACAGAUUUAAAGCAUGUGCCCACUUCAUAGGGCAGUAUGCAGCAAAAUACAGAAAGUCUGCUUCAUUUCUAAAUUAUAUAUUCUCGCUAGGCAGAAACACAGGUCAAAUCUUAUCUGGAGCCAAUAAAAAUAUAUUUCUCAAA